GAGCGCAAUUUAAAUCCAAAACAUCUCUGGACGCGCGCUGAGCGGCAGGAAACACACACUUCCCACACAGUUGACACGCACACUCUGUCUCGGCGGGGGAGUGAAGGAGAGGUGUCCGCUGCUGUGAUAUCGGUGUCCGGUCAAGUUGAAGUGGAGACUCGCAGGAAGCUCCGCUCUCCGACGUGCGCACGGUGCGUCAGCGGACAAACGACGCAGACCGGAGCUGUGCGGCGUUAAUGGUUGAAUCUUUUGUGGGGAAACUAAAAGGAGGAAGAAGACGAGUUUUGUUCAUCAUUUUUUUCUCCCUGACUUUCUUUCCUCCGCCGCACAGAUGGAAUGGUUUUGUUUAAUCGGAUUAUCGCUCCUCUGAACUCCGGUUCCCUCAGAGAGGCGGUGACAGCCGCGGCUCCACCGGGGGUCUGUCGUCCCUCCUCAGCCGCCCACAGCGCUUCUUCUCCGGUCUCCUCCGAGCUGCAGCGGUCGUUCAUAUGAGCGCAGCGUUCAGCCCGUCCUUCAUGGUGAUGCAGCGGCCACUCGGAAGCACCACCGCCUUCAGCAUUGACUCUCUGAUCGGGGGGCCCCCGCAGCCCAGCCCGGGACACUUUGUCUACACCGGCUACCCGAUGUUCAUGCCGUACCGGUCGGUGGUGCUCCAGCCGCCUCCUCCGCCUCCCCCGGCCCUGCAGCAGGGUCUCCCCGCCGGCCACCACCCGCACCCGCAGAUCCCCAGCCUGCAGAGCGGCUUCUGCUCCAGCCUGGCGCAGGGCCUGACGCAGGGCAUGGCGCUCACCUCCACGCUCAUGGCCUCGCUGCCCGGCGGCUUCUCCCCGUCCCAGCAGCACCAGGAAGCGGCCAGGAAGUUCGGCUCGCAGGCGCUGCACGCGGUCUUCGACAAAGCUCAGGAGCUGCGGCUGGACGCGGAGGACGGCAAGAGCUUCCUGCAGGGGAAAGAGUCCGCGGCGCUGCAGGCUUUCCACGACACGGACACGUCGGUGCAAACAUCCACAGUCCGAGCACACAGUAAAGAAGACUCCAAGGAGGACGAGUGCGGCCGUAAAGAUGAGAGUUUCUCCAUGGACAGCGACUUGGACUACAGCUCUGAUGACAACCUCACCUCCAUGUGUCACAAGGACGACGGGGACGGAGGAGGUUUGGAUGACGGUCCGCACCUGCACGGCUCCAGCGGCGGCGGCGGCUCUGGGGCGGGCGGCGGCGGGGGGAGCGGCGGCGGGAAGAACCGGCGGCGGCGGACGGCGUUCACCAGCGAGCAGCUGCUGGAACUGGAGAAGGAGUUCCACUGCAAGAAGUACCUGUCGUUAACCGAGCGCUCCCAGAUCGCGCAUGCGCUGAAGCUGAGCGAGGUGCAGGUGAAGAUCUGGUUCCAGAACCGGCGCGCCAAGUGGAAACGGGUCAAAGCCGGGAACGUCAACAACAAAUCCGGGGAGCCGUCCCGGAACCCCAAAAUAGUCGUUCCCAUCCCGGUGCACGUGAGCCGCUUCGCAAUAAGGAGUCAGCAUCAGCAGAUGGAGCAGGCCAGACCGUAGAAGAAGAAAAGACUCCUGACGAGAGAGAACGAGCCGCUUCUCAAGUGACUGACUCUCGUGUUGAUCACGUUUUUAUUCUGGGUUUCUUCAAACAGUUUAAACUGCAAAUGGUUCCGGUUUUUAACUUUAAUUAAAAAAAACAACAAAAAAAACUCAAUUUAAGAUGAAAUAACUGGAGGUUAAAUUCCUGCAGUGCACUUAAAAACUCAGACAAGUUAUUCAGUGAUGUUUCACGUCAUAAAUCAGAUUUUAAGAAUUAAUUUGGCGCCCAGUCACUAGAUCAGCUUGUUUAACAUUGAUCAAUAAAUAAAACAGAAUAAUCUUACACAAAUUGUGAGAUGAUGCCACCUAAUUUCCAAUAUGUUAAAAACGUCAUGAUAAAUUGUUAAAAUCAAACAAGAAAAAACAGAUAAUGAGAAAACAAUUCAGGACACUGUGAAAUAAUCUCAGGCCUGAUCUGACUGUUUCUCACCUCAAGUAAAUACGAUAUUAAACAAUCACUGAUGGUCAUGUUAUUGCAGUGCACUAGAAAAACUGCGUCUAAAAAUUAGUUUUUAAGAAAGAGUGAAAGGGGAAAAACUGCUGGAUUCCUUAAUUGGUGAAUUUGUUUUAUGGGGUUUCCAGACAUUAAUUAAAUCCCUUUUUAUUUGGAACAAAGUGGAAAACUCAUGAAUCUAAAAACAGACAUGCUUGUUAAAGAUGGACGUUUCUGAAAGGUCACAUUAGCAAAUCUUUUAAGUGCAUGUUUGAGUCUGAUAAUGUAAGUGUGAGGAAACUGUGGCAGUGCGUUUCGAAAAUUUUACGUUUCUCCAACGGAGUCUGGUUUUAAUCGCUGAAAAGGGCCUUCGCAUUCCAGAAACCCUUUGAAAACGUUUUGAUUUCAGACGUCCAUCAUUUUUUCUUCUUCACAGGAAAUUUAAAAUAAAUAAAUAAAUUCAAAGCCUCAACACGAGACUCAGUGGCUCGUUAAGCUGGACAUUUCUCUGCAGGAGGAACCGCAGUAAUAAAAUCUAAUCUUUUUGGAGCGACACCAAAAACUGUGCGUAAAGACGCGCAGCUGAGGAGGAGGACGAAGAGACAGACCGACAUGUUGCUCCGGCGGCACGUUGACCAACUCCUCCCCCACAUGUAAAUACACACGCGGGACCAAACUGAGGACAUCACAUAGAUUUCACCACAAACGGACGGCGCGUUACUUUAAAACAUUGUUCUUGAUUUCCAAACAUUUGGGGGUUUUAUGAACAUCCUGCCAGAAACUCUUCCCUCUCUUUGGAUCAAACUCAUCUUCUUCUUUUGGACAAAAUGACGCUGCUAAUUUAUUUAUAUAAAACUGUGCAAAAGUAACUAACAUUCCCUGAAGUAAAAAAAAAAAAGAAAG